AUGGUGAAGUUUGCUCUGGGGCACCACCGCGAGGCCACCGAGGCCGGCUGCGUCCGCGCCGUGCUCGCCGAGACCGUGCUCACCUUCCUCUUCGUCUUCUCCGGCGUCGGCUCCGCCAUGGCCGCCGGCAGGCUGUCCGGCGGCACCGACACGAUCAUGGGCCUGACGGCGGUGGCGCUGGCGCACACGAUGGCGGUGGCCGUGAUGGUGUCGGCGGGGCUGCACGUCUCCGGCGGCCACAUCAACCCGGCCGUCACGCUCGGGCUCGCCGCGGGCGGCCACAUCACCCUCUUCCGCUCAGCGCUCUACGUGCCCGCGCAGCUGCUCGGCUCCUCCCUCGCCUGCCUCCUCCUCUCCUUCCUCGCCGGCGGCGGCGCGACGCUGCCCGUGCACGCGCUGGCCGCCGGGGUGGGCGCGGCGCAAGGGGUGCUCUGGGAGGCCGUGCUCACCUUCUCGCUGCUCUUCACGGUGUACGCCACCGUCGUGGACCCGCGCCGGAGCGUGGGCAACCUCGGCCCGCUGCUGGUGGGCCUCGUGGUCGGCGCCAACGUGCUCGCCGGCGGGCCGUUCUCCGGCGCGUCCAUGAACCCGGCACGCUCCUUUGGGCCCGCGCUCGCCUCCGGUGUGUGGGCUGGGCACUGGGUAUACUGGGUUGGCCCCGUGAUCGGUGGGCUGCUCGCUGGGCUGGUCUACGAGGGGUUGUUCAUGGUCCGGGCCGGCCAUCUGCCGCUUCCGAGGGAUGACACCGAGUUUUAAACCUGA